CCGCUCUCGCGAGACUUCGCGCGCUCCGCCCUUUCCUGUAAUGGCGGCGCCCUAGACCGCGCGGCCGGUACCGUCAGCACCGUCAGUGCCCGCUGUCACCGCCACCGCGGUCACCUCCGUCACCGCCGUCACCGCCGUCUGUGCCAUCUCUGUCACCGCCACCAUGCAUUCCGACGAUGUUGUCUGGAGUAUGCUGGGGAACAGGCAGUUCUGCUCCUACAAGAUGACCACCAAAACACAGAAUUUCUGCAGGAACGAGUACAACCUGACAGGGCUGUGCAACCGCUCCUCCUGCCCGCUGGCCAACAGCCAGUACGCCACGGUCCGGGAGGAGAAAGGUCGCUGUUACCUCUACAUGAAGACCAUCGAGCGGGCGGCGUUUCCGCGGCGCCUCUGGGAGCGGGUGCUGCUGAGCAAGAACUACGAGAAGGCUCUGGAGGAGAUCGACGAGAACCUCAUCUACUGGCCCCGCUUCAUCCGGCACAAGUGCAAGCAGAGAUUCACCAAGAUCACGCAGUACCUGAUCCGCAUCCGCAAGCUGACCCUCAAGAGACAGAGGAAGCUCGUCCCGCUGCGCAGGAAGAUCGAGCGGCGCGAGAACAGGCGGGAGGAGAAAGCCCUGAUCGCUGCCCAGCUGGACAACGCCAUCGAGAAGGAGCUGCUGGAAAGGCUCAAGCAGGACACGUAUGGAGACAUCUACAACUUCCCCAUCCACGCCUUUGACAAGGCCCUGCAGCAGCAAGACGCGGAGAGCGAGAGCGAGUCGGAUGCUGAGAGGGAAGAAGAUGAGGAUGAUGAUGAGGACGUGGAUAAGAGGGAGUUUGUGGAGGCAGAGGACAGCGAGCUCAGCGACUUUGAGGACAUGGACAAGCUGGAGACAAGCAGUGAAGAGGAGCAGGAAGAGGAGGAAGAAGAGGAGAAAGCCUCCCACUCCAAAUCUAAAGGGAAAACGCCCCUGAAGGGCCCAGCCAGGAGAAAACGUCCCCACAUCGAGAUCGAGUACGAGGAGGAGACAGAGCCCAGCGCCAAGACAAAAGCAGCCUGAGCCCUCCUGGUGCCAUUUUGUACUGACUGAACUCCAGAGGUGCCACCAGAGGGUGACUCCAGCAUCUGUCACCCACCUCCACCCCUCACAGGACCCUGCUUUGAUACUCCAUGCGUUUUCUGGGGUUUGUGUCCCGAGCCCAGGCACUUGCAGUGAGUUUGUACAACGCUCAAAGGAACAUCUCCCACCUCCCCUGCAACCCCAAAAAGCUGAGCCCAGGAAGGGCCCUGGCCUGGGGGGCUCUGCUGCUCCCUGAAAGCUCAGCUGUGCCUGGGGGAGGUGUGGGGCUCACAGGUGGGAGAAGAACGACAGAACUUUAAAUAAAAACAAGAAUUUUAUUGUACAAAA